CAGACCUCACUGUGGUCAAGCUAUCGUCGUUGACAGGAGUACAACAGCAUGAAUGCUGCCUGUACACAUCAAGUCACUGCAGGUUUCCUGCAUCUGAGAAGACAGUGCCUUUGACAACAAGAUACAAUUUUAUAUCAAGACUCAUAACAUUAAUAUUUACAAUACUGCGCUAACUAAAACGAUAUGUAGCAGUAAGCUAGGUAACAGCUAGGUGGCUAACGUUACAUGACCUGUUGUUUUGCUAAGUUAGAAACAGUUUCUGAAGAGCCUGCAACAAACCAAGUGAGGAAUACCAAAGCUUUAGAAAUCUCCGAGCAGGUGUUAAGUUCACAAGCUUUCAGCGCCUGGUGCUGCUCCCCCCCACCCAAACCCCCUCCCCUCUGGUGGUUGAAUUCAUGAGUGCGCAUAGUGAUAGCCGUGCUUAGUCCUCGGGAAUGGGUAAUGGAGUCCAGGAACAACGGGCAUCACUCACACGGGGAGAUGUGCUGCCAGUUGCCUCCUCCAAUCAGUCAGAGUCCAGCUUUGAGAGUCUCAAACAAACUCACUCUGUCGUCAACUCGCUCUUCUCCGGGGCUUUAGCAGGAGCUUUGGCCAAGACGGCCGUCGCCCCAUUAGACAGGACAAAAAUCAUCUUCCAAGUGUCUUCAGCAAGAUUCUCAGCCAAGGAGGCCUACAGGUUGAUCUACCGCACCUACCUGAAAGAUGGCUUCAUUAGUCUGUGGAGGGGGAACUCUGCCACCAUGGUGCGAGUCAUCCCGUACGCUGCCAUCCAGUUCUGUGCACACGAGCAGUACAAGGGGCUGCUUGGAGGUUACUACGGCUUUCAGGGAAAAGCUCUACCUCCAUUUCCAAGGUUACUGGCAGGCUCUAUGGCUGGUACCACGGCGGCCAUGUUGACCUAUCCUCUGGACAUGGUGCGAGCUAGGAUGGCUGUAACACCAAAGGAAAUGUAUGGUAACAUUCUUCACGUGUUUGUGCGGAUAUCUCGAGAAGAGGGUCUGAAGACUUUGUAUCGAGGCUUUACUCCCACCAUCCUCGGUGUUGUACCCUAUGCUGGUCUCAGCUUCUUCACCUAUGAGACACUGAAGAAAGUACAUGCAGAGCGCAGUGGGCGUCUGCAGCCCUACUCCUACGAGCGUCUGGCAUUUGGAGCCUGCGCGGGUCUCAUCGGCCAGUCGGCCUCCUACCCUCUGGAUGUGGUCCGACGCAGGAUGCAGACCGCUGGAGUCACAGGUCACACGUACGGUACGAUCCUGGGCACCAUGAGGGAGAUUGUGGCUGAGGAGGGGGUUAUCCGCGGACUCUACAAAGGUCUCAGCAUGAACUGGGUCAAAGGGCCCAUCGCGGUGGGGAUCAGCUUCACCACGUUCGACCUCACUCAGAUCCUCCUGAGGAAGCUGCAUCAGAUGGGCUACACCAACCGAUAAUAUCGAUACCGAGGGGAGAACAGGGAGGGGCCGUGGGAUGAGAAGGUCCCUGAACUGCCACUGCACAGAAGCACAGGAGGUAGAGAGUGACAAGUGUGUUGUUGGAUAGACGUAAACACAAUGGCUCAGGAUGCGAGGGUAAUAUUAGUGUAUUCUCUCGCUUAUUUGCGUUUAACAUGGGUUGCAUCACACCCCUGUAGGCGGGAGGUUUGCUGGAUGGUAUUGAGGACCUGUACACACUGUUGUCAUGUACAUCUAAGUGCAAUAUGCUCCGUGAUUUAAUGUGUGUACACAUAAGUUACAACACUUCUGUCCUAACAAAGCCUGCCUGUGAGAGUUUUUGUCAAUAAGAGGGUUCUCACACACACACCAUACACACACACACACACACACACACACACACACACACACACACACUAUACACACACAGGUCUCCCUACUGCCCGUGUGUGUCUGCCUAAAACUGACAAUGCAAUGUUGCCACUUGAAGAAAUGUAUGAUGCAUUUGAUUUAAGAAGAGUACAUUUGGCCCAUUGAGAUUUGUUUUUGCUUUUUUAGGGAGUUUGUUUUUAAGGAAUUGUACCAAAGGUUAGAAGUCAAGCUAGUUGUAUAUUAGAUUAUAUAAUGUUUGUAUAUUAAAGCGCAGAAGUAUGGCUUUAGAGCAAAACUAUUGCCCGGCACAGACAACAUCAGCACCAUGUUUGCUGAUGUUGAUGGGGUUUGAUCAUGUGGUCAAACGUUCAGUUUUUGUUGCAGUGGAAUACAUUGACAUCACUUCUACGUUCAGUAUAAUAGUGGAUCAGACUUUUGUUGUUUAGUUUCUGUGCUGACAGCAGACACAUGAGCUAUGUUUGAUGCCAGUGCCAACAGAUGUCAAGUUUAAAGAGAUGAACUUGUUUGUUUUUGUAGUUAUGUAACUGUUUUUUCAAUAUGAUGGACAAAUUCGAUCUCUGAAGUAUUAAUACAAACAGAUCAAACAGAUUUGACGCAGUGAGACGUUUGUCCUUGUUGAGAAUCUUUCAGUUUAGCUGCAUAUGACAGACGGACCUACGAAACCUUCAUCAAGCUAUUUGAAUAAGUAUUUCCUGAAUGUGACACCAUACCUGCUGGUUUAAGAGCAGAGACAUCUCUAUGUAACGUAAUCCAAUAUAACAAGCCUACAGAGAGAACUACCUAAUGAAGUUAACAAACUUCAGUUGUUGCUGCUUUGACUCGUGUCAUCUUUUAGAGGUUUCCAGGAUAUCUUUAAAGGUGUUUAAGGUGCACCAACACACAGUCACAUACACACAUUCACAGUUUACAAAUGUGGUCUUCCCUUUUGCAGUUUGUGAUGCAGCUGCAGCGGUUUUCUUUUUUUUUUUUUGCACUUGCUGAGAUUUUGACUGAUCUUAGAAAUGAUAUUGUAACAAGGAUGGACUUUUCAUUCAGAUACAUCUGAUGUAGAGCUGUAGCAUUUCAUGCUGAUGGACUAACUUGUUUGGAAAUAUGCACACAUAGUGAAGAUAUAAUUAGUUUUCUUUGUUGGAGGCAUAAUGUGUAUUACUUCUUGUGUGGUCAGUAUUGUGAUUUACCUCAGUGCAUAUUCAAACACUAAUCAAGAGCUAACAUAUCAAUGUUUUUUUUUUUAAAUAAUUGUAGGGGUUUCAGACAUGUGGCUAUUAGUUCACUUUUCAUUUCACUGAGUUUGAGGAGUUUGCAGCAGUGUUGAUGCAGGCGCACUGUCUUCAAAGAGAGUCAACGUUUCUAUAGUUAGAGCACACAUGCCGAGGCGGGCGGGUGGCUGAGUCGAGCGAGCAGCUGGCUGCAGAGCAAAGUGGAGCAGAGGGCAGGAACAAGUGUCACUUUAACCAAAAUAAAACAGGACGUUGUCUGUGUGAAAGGAAAGACUGCAAAAACAAAAGCCUGUUUAGUUUUUCAAAUUUAAACAAAAACUCCUCAAGGGCUUCACCUAUGACUUUUUGUAAUCAGCAAUGUGUAAGUGUUAUAGAUUAUAUAAAUAUAGGUUGAUACUUUUUUUUUAGUCCGUGAUUUAAUCAAAUAUUUGAUGAUUAUUUCUGUUAGAGGAUAUAUCGUCAUUUUCAGAUGAGGGCUGUAUAUUGGCUAGAAUCUGGCAACAAUGGAUGCAUCAUGAUCUGUGGUUAUGAUUUAAUUUGAUGUGAUUAAUCAUGUGACUCUAAACAAGGCAGUUAAUAUACAUUAAAAAAUGUUUUAAAGAAAAAUAAGUACAGUACACUUUAAAUCUUGGAUCAAUGAUGUUUAAAUUCUUUGCAAAAUCUAUCUUAUACAGUCAGUCCAGGUCACUUUAGUUUCAUAGAAAUACUCUUUGGGUGAUCUGAGUAAAGAAAUGAACAUUUGAAUAUAUCUGUCCUAAAAUGAAACCUUGAUAAAAGUAGACAUUAUGAAACAAUGUUUCAACACUAAAGCAUAUAUAUCGUCUUACAGUGCUGAUUUCAAAAGUGUAAAUACUGAAAUGAUGCCUUAGUAUUUGAAAACCAUUAUCAACUGAACAUUUGUUUAUUUGUUAGGAUCCCCAUUAGCUGUACCUGAGAGCACAGCUUUGUUUCCUGCGGUACACUUUUUCAUCCUCUAUUUUUAGUCAUGUGAAUAUGUUUUUCAUAUUUCAAAAGUAAAUGCUGAAUGAAAUGAUUUCACAUCUGAUCAGAGAAUUAGUGAAGUUUGACCAUUCUAAUCCUUUGUCUUCAUUUUGUUGCACAUCACUCUCCCCCUGACCUUCCUCAGUCUGACAAACAUCAUGUUAUUUAACUCCGGCCUGUCUGUUCAUGGAUGAUUGUUUUUCUUUAUCGAAUGAGUCGGGCGACUUGUAGCAGCUCUCUGGUGACUGAUACAGAAACACAGUCGGAUAUUAUUCUCAUCAUCAAACAGUGAAACUACAACACAUUGUGGACUACAAAGAUGGUGUCUUUUAAUAAUCAUGUAAUAUAUAAUAAGCUCCCCUUAGGUUGCCUGAGAGAAAUAUGUGUAGCUGAGAUGAUUUCAGUGACUGAAAGAUGAGCAAAGAGUUUCUGACUCCUAAGUGCCUAGCGAGGGGUAGUAAUGUUUUUACUAUGACUGAGCUUCUUCUACCGACCUUUUUCAAGGUUGCUUCCGUUUCCUAGCCUUGCUUCAGUCUUGAAGUGACAGGACGGUCUUCAGGUGGUUUAAAGUUUUGGGGAUUUUAGGAAUCUCUGAGUCUGAAUGUUUAACUUCAGGUUCAGUUUUUGUAUUUGAGCUUUUUCAAACUGUAACUAAAACACUGCCUUGAGGGGUGUUGCCGUGUAGGGCAAGAGACAUGCUCCUUAGAUCCCUCGCAGAUUUGACCAAUCCAUUCAAAACACACCUGGACUUAUCAGAGGAAUGUGGAGGAAUAUUUGAGAGGAUGUUUCAUCUUUAUUUUAUAUUUGUACCCUGAUUGGAAACACUUUAACAAUAUUGUAACAUUGAUAUCUCCCUCUUGGCCUACAAAAUCAAAGUGGUUGGUAAACAAAUGAUGAAAUUCACAAUAACAAGGACACAAAAACCCAGACAAUCUGUAAAAUGCCAAAUAAUAGUAUGCUUUUGAUUUGACAGAUUUUUUUUUUUUUUAGAACCUGAGAGUGACUUAAUGUGGAGCGACAUUGAACACUAUAACAACAAACUGGCAAAAAUGUGAUUUUGAUUUGCUCUUAUUAAAGCAAAAAUAAAUAGUUUGUAUCCUGUUUUUGGGUGAUACAUCAUAAAUGUGCAGACAUAAUACUGUCAUAAUACUGUUAGUAAUACUGUGUUUGCAUGUUACAACAGAUCAACUUGUGUUUGUUUGUUUCAGUGCAGCGUCAGUGUGACGGCUGUUUUGUAAAUCUGAGAUUUGUGCCAACUGAAUGUAAACGUGCAAACAAAAACCACACCGUGUGUCCUGUAUCUGCUGAUGAUGGUGAAUCUGUAGGAACAUUUUGAAAUAUCACAUUCUCUAAUAAAACUGGAUGUUGAUGACA